GAGCUCCGAUCAUGAACAGUUCUCAUCUGAUUUUUACCCUAUUGUGGGCUAUCAUCUGCCUAAUGGUUUCAUCUCAGGCCGAACCCAAAGAUUGGACACCAGGAGAGCUAAGGGUUUACCACCAAUUAAAGCAAAUGGAGUGCGGUGUCGUAUCUCCUCUCAUGAAAGUUAGAAAAUUCCCAGUUAGGAUCUUCGGUGGCUUGAAAUCCUCUUUAUUUUCUCAACCUUGGAUGGCAUUACUUUAUAUUCCGAUUGAUUUGGAGAUGUGUCGAUGUGGAGGCGCCCUUAUCUCAGAACGUUUUGUUUUAACUGCUGCACACUGCUUCAAAAUGUGUCCCCUAUCUGGAGAAUUAAGAGUGCGCCUAGGAGAGCUGGACAUAAAUACCUCACCAGACUGCGCCACCUACCAUAAUCAAAGGGUUUGUGCCCCACCCGCUGAGGAAUUUGGUAUAGAAAGUUGGUCUAUUCACGAGGAAUUCGAUCCAGUCUACCCUUGGUUUGAUAUUGCCCUGUUGAGACUGAACCGAAAAGUGGUCUUCAAGGAUCACAUCAAACCCAUAUGCCUUCCCCUAACCGACGAACUGCUGGCGUUUACUUCGGUUAUUGGACAAUCCUAUAUGGCGAUUGGUUGGGGAAGAACUGAAAACAGGCGCGUUGCCAACAGUACGAUGGAGGUCUUUGUAAAUACAGAGACUUGCACUGGUGGCAGGGACAGCUCGUUUCUGUGUGCCAGCGGUGAUCAUGUGGACACCUGUGUGGGUGACUCGGGUGGGCCGCUCACCUGGAAAAGUUCUUAUUUCGGCACUGAUCGCAGGGUACAGUUUGGAGUGGUGAGCACAGGAAGCAGAUACUGUGGGACUGGUCGUAAGGCUUACUACAUGGAUGUACCCACUUACGUUCCGUGGAUUAUUGGCAAGCUCUCAGGAUUCCCAGACAUAUAAGGAAGUUCUAGAUAAAUUUUCACCUUCUCUAUUUAUACUUUAUAUAGUCUGAGAAGCUUUCUACUACAUAUUACAUACUUAUUAAUGAACACUUCUACUCCACGAGGAAGGGGUAUGGUAAUAAAUUACCUCUAUUGCAUGCUAGGCAA